AUGGCGGUGCUUGUUUUUAACAGAGGUCAUACGGAAGCAAACCUCUGUGAAAAUAAUGAAGGCAAACAGUGUGGGGAAACUUUCAGCCGGAUUGCAGAUCUUACUGUGCUGAAAACUACUCCUGAAGUAAAUAUUUCUGGAUGCCAUGAGUCUGGAAAAACCUUCAUGGAUCAUUUGUUAGUUGAACAUCAUAUCAGCUCUCACUCCGGUUGCAAUUCUUAUCCAAGAAAGGAAUGUGGAGAAGCCUGCGGUUGUUCCUCUUACAUGAGAACCAUUACUGGAGAGAAACCUUAUGAAUGUGGAGGAAAUUUCUGUAGUUUCUCAUCUUCUCAGACACAUAUGAGAAGUCAUAAGUGUGAAUAUAAAGAAUGUUGUAAAACCUACACACAUCCUUCAUCCCUCAUGUUACAUGAAAAUUUUUAUAUUGGAGACAACCCUUAUGAAAGUAAAGAAUAUGGGGAAGUGCUAACUCAUUCCUCAUCCCUCACUGAACAUAUACAGAUUCAUAGUGGAGAGAAGCCUUUUGAAUGUAAGGAAUGUGGGAAAGCCUUUCGUUAUUUCUCAGAUCUCACUAGACAUAUAAGAACUCACAGUGGAGAGAAGCCUUAUGAAUGUAAAGAAUGUGGAAAAGCCUUUAGUCAGUCCUCGCACCUCACUGACCAUAUGAGAUCUCAUAGAGGAGAGAAACCCUAUGAAUGUAAGGAAUGUGAGCAGACCUUUCGUUAUUUCUCAAACCUAACUAGACAUAGUAAAAUUCACAGUGGCGAGAGGCUUUAUGAAUGUAAAGAAUGUGGAAAAACCUUUAGUUGUUCCUCAAACCUCACUACACAUAUAAGAACUCACAAUGGAGAGAGACCUUAUGAAUGUAAGGAGUGUGGGAAAGCCUUUGGUCGUUCUUCAUCCCUCACUAAACAUAUAAAAACUCACAGUGGAGAGAGGCCUUAUGACUGUAAGGUAUGUGGCAAAGCCUUUAGUCAGUUGGCGCACCUCACUCUCCAUUUAAGAGUUCACACAGGAGAGAAGCCUUAUGAAUGUACGGAAUGUGGAAGAGCGUUUAGUCAGUCCUCUCAUCUCACUACACAUAUAAGAACUCACAGUGGAGAGAGGCCUUAUGAAUGUAAGGAAUGUGGGAAAGCCUUUAGAUGCUCAUCAUCCUUAACUAAUCAUAUAAGAACUCAUAGUGGAGAGAGGCCUUAUGAAUGUAAGGAAUGUGGAAAAGCUUUUAGUAAGUUGGCAAAUCUCUCUCUCCAUUUAAGAGUUCAUACUGGAGAGAAGCCUUACGAAUGUAUGGAAUGUGGGAAAGCCUUCAGUCAGUUAGCACAUCUCACUGAUCACAUAAGAACUCACAGUGGAGAGAGGCCUUAUGAAUGUAAGGAAUGUGGGAAAGCCUUCAGUCACUCCUCAUCCCUCACUAACCAUAUAAGAACUCACAGUGGAGAGAGGGCAUAUGAAUGCAAGGAAUGUGGGAAAGCAUUCAGUCAGUCCUCAACCUUAACUAAACAUAUAAGAACUCACAGUGGAAGUGGAGCGGUGCCUUAUAAGUAUAAGAAAUGUGGAAAUGUCUUUAGUUAUUCAUCCUCCCUCUGUAGACAUAACAACUCGCAGUGGAGAGAGUCCUUCUGA